AUGGAUGCUCUAAACCAAACAAGAGUGGCUGAAUUCGUCUUCUUGGGACUCACUGAUAACUGGAUGCUGGAGAUACUGUUUCUCAUAGCGUUCUCUGUCACUUACGUGCUUACCCUUUCGGGAAACAUUCUCAUUGUGGUUACCAUAGUUUCCACUCCACGUCUUCACACCCCCAUGUAUUUCUUCCUGAGCAAUCUGUCCUUUAUUGACAUCUGCCACUCAUCUGUCACUGUGCCCAAGAUGCUGGAGGGUUUGCUUUUAGACAGGAAGACCAUUUCUUUUGACAACUGUAUUGCACAGCUCUUCUUUCUACAUCUUUUUGCCUGUGCUGAGAUCUUUCUGCUCACCAUUAUGGCAUACGAUCGUUACGUAGCUAUCUGUACUCCGUUACACUACCCUAACAUAAUGAACCUGAGGGUCUGUGUGCAGCUCGUCUUUGCGCUCUGGUUAGGGGGUACCAUUCACUCCCUGGUACAAACCUUCUUGACUAUUCGUCUGCCUUACUGUGGCCCCAAUAUUAUUGAUAGCUACUUCUGUGAUGUGCCUCCUGUCAUCAAGCUGGCCUGCACAGAUACCUACCUCACAGGAAUGCUCAUCGUGUCCAACAGUGGAACCAUCUCUCUCUCCUGUUUCUUGGCCUUGGUCACCUCCUACACGGUCAUCCUGGUUUCCCUUAGGAAACAGUCGGCUGAAGGGCGCCGGAAAGCUCUGUCUACGUGCUCAGCCCAUUUCAUGGUGGUUGCCCUCUUCUUUGGGCCAUGCAUAUUCCUUUAUACUCGCCCAGACACCAGCUUCUCCAUCGACAAGGUUGUGUCUGUGUUCUACACGGUGAUCACUCCUUUGCUGAAUCCCCUCAUUUAUACUUUGAGGAAUGAGGAGGUCAAAAGUGCCAUGAGACAGCUCAGACAGAAGCAUGUUUUUUUAAUGAAGUCACACACGUGA